UGUGUUACAAUUCACCUGUUUUUAACAUUUUCAUCCUUAACAGUUCUCUUCCAAAACGGCAACCCAACUUGGUUACCACACUGGCCAACAUGCAGGAACACUGUUGACAUUUUCCAGAUCGGGAUCGAGAUUCUUAAACGCUUGUCAUGGAUUUGUAACAGAGGUAAUUCGACCCCCUGCUAGUAAUGAACAAGCAAUAUUGUCGUCAAGGUAGCAGUGAAAGUACACAUCUGAACAAGAAAAUAUGUAUGGAUCACCACAAUGGCAAAUUAAUUUCUGGAAGAUGAAAUCUUGAAUUCCAUCAAGGAAUGUCUUGAACAAUGUUUAUUUAUGCUAAUGAUACAGACAAAUUACCUUUUCAACCAAAACCUGGGGUGAUAGAUAGUGUGCUGCUGGCAUUUGGAAUCCCCAUUUUCUUGGCCAAUAUUCUUGGAACUAUUGUUGUCUGGCGGAGUAUCAAGUUACCAUUCCAGAUCAGAUUACUAACUUUGAAUAUGUCAUACGCAGAUGGAGGAAUUGGAUUUUUCAUGCUUUUUCCACGUAGUUGGUUGUAUAAGCAAUGCAAUAUUCGUAAAUACUUGUUGGAAAUUUUGGGAACUUCAUCUUUUCUGACCAUUACUGCUUUCAAUGUGGACAGGUGUUUGAUGAUCUUCUAUGCCAUUCAUUAUACUGUAUUUAUUUCGAAACCCAAAAUUUUCACACUGUGCAUCACUAUAUGGAUUUUCAGUUUGUUCAUCGUGUACCUACUAUAUUCAAAUGAAAAACUGGAAACCGCAGGAUUCUCCUGUGAGGAAGCCUUUGAAGAAGAUCUCCGAACAACAAACAUUAUUGGCCAUUCAAUCCGUGUGACCAUUAUAGUUAUAAAUGUGAUUAUCUUGAUCGUGUUGUGCGUGCACCUGAAAAAGAAAAUGCAAAAAUUGUCCCACACAGGAAUGUCGCAGUUCAAAGUUAAACACUGGGACUACCAGGCUAUAACUCUGAAGAAAAUACUGGUCAUAACAAUAUUUUUUACCGUGCUCUACACACCUUACAUGAUCUGCCAGCUAUUUUUGUCUACUCACAUUACACGUGGUGUAUUCAUUAUCAAAGCGAUAUCCGCCUUGGCCUCCAUGCUGAACAGUUUUGUGAAUCCUUUUCUAUAUAUUUUUCGUUUCAAGGAGUGCCGUUUCCAGCUAAAAUUACUUUUUUGUCGCUGGAAUAAAACAGUUAUCGAAGUUACGGAGAGGGAACGAAAGCAAAGCUUUGCAAGUUACACCAUUGAAGAUAGCCUCAAAAUGAAACUACAGGCUCUUCACCAGAAAGCAUUAGAAAGUACUAAAGCAGUAACUUCGAAGUCAGCAUUAGAAAGUACUGAGUCAGUAACUGCAAAGUCAGCAUUAAAAAUUACUGAAUCAGUAGCUGCAAAGUCAGCAUUAGAAAUUACUGAAUCAGUAACUACAAAGUCAGCAUUAGAAAUUACUGAAUCAGUAACUGCAAAGUCAGAGCAAGAUGGUACAGCAUUAUGAUCAUAGACUUGUACAUUGAAGACUAUUAAUUUAUAUGUAUGCAAGUUAUGUGUGUUUAUUUUUUUUUUUUUUUUGGUUGUUUUUACUAAAGUUCAUGAAAAUUUGUUCAGCUAUUAUUACAAGCCUUAUCAAAUGUUCUUCCAGUUAAUCAUAUCCUCCCAAGGACUUGGAAAUUUUUAAAGUCACAAAAAUGAACUUUUUAUUCAUUUCUUCUAGCCAUAUUGUUGUCAAGGGUUUGAUGCCUUUUAAAGGAUGUACUUUAGGGUAUAAUUUAAAUUAUUAUGUAAAUCAUGAAUGUUUUCAAUAAAAUAUUUCCUUUGAAGUUCAAAUGAAUGGUUAGGUAAAGUCUGGUGCACCUGAAUAAAUGUGGAUAAUUCCUGGUA